AUGACUGAACUUGAUUUAGUGUUUUUAUGUGAUACCACAGGAUCUAUGGGUUCAUAUCUUAAUGCUGCACAACAAAGUAUUGAGAAAAUAAUAAAUACAAUUAUACAAUCAGAGAAAUGUGAUGUUAGAUUUGCACUUGUUGAAUAUAAAGAUCAUCCACCACAAGACAAUUCUUUUGCAUUUAGACUCACAGACUUUACUGAUUCUAUGAAAUGUAUUAAAGAAGCCGUUAAUAAGAUGGAUGCAAAUGGAGGAGGAGAUACACCAGAGUCUGUUUGUUGUGCAAUGCACUGUGCAAGUAAUUUAAAAUAUCGAGAAAAAGCAGCAAAGGUGAUAGUUUGGAUUGGUGAUGCACCACCUCAUGGGUUUAUUAGGGAAGGAGAUGGAUUUCCUAAAGGAUGUCCAUGUGGAUGUGAUUUACUUAAAGAAGUACGAGAGUGUAUGAACAAAGAUAUUGUCAUAUAUUGUGUAGGUGCUGAGCCAUUAACAAGUGAAUAUUUAAGAACGUUGAUGCGAGCAGUAGCACAAUUGACAGGAGGACAAUAUGCAGCAUUAGCAUCAGCUAAUGUUCUUGGUGAAUUAAUUACUAAUGGAGCUAUUGAAGAGAUUCAAAUGAAAGGAGUUAUUAAUCACAUCAAAGAAGUACUUGAAAAAGACCCAUCAUUUAAAGCAUUACCUCCAAAUGAAAAACAACAAAGAGCAAAAGAAGAAAUAGAAAAACAAACUAAAAACACAGAAAUAGAAGGCAUAGAAAUUGAAACAAUAUUUAAACAUGAACUUGCACCAAUUCCACAAAUAUUUUUAAUUGCUGAAACGUUAAAAGAUUUAAAAGAUAAAAUGUAUGAAAUGCCUGAUAUUCAAGUUGAAUUUAAAGAUGGAUUGUUUACAACACAGAAUAGAUUUAUGAGAAGAAUGGUAAGAUAUGCAGCAGUACCUAUGGGGUGUGCGGGGGUGUGUUUUGAAGCAGCACAUCCGUGUUGUUGUGAAAAAGCAAGGGGAGUUGAAACAGAAGAAUUAGUUAAAGAAAAAGAAAGAGGGGAAAUAGAAGAAAGGAUAACAACACAAGAAAUAAGAAAAAAGAAAGAAAGAGUUACAAAAGAACAAAGUGAGCGUAUGAAGCAACGAAUAAACAAUUGGUAUAAAUAA